AUGGCCUCCAUGAAAUACUAUUACUUGGUAUUGGUGCUGGUUGCACUGGCCUCAGCGCCGCUGGCCACCGUGGCCGGCGACCCAGACAUCCUCACCGACUUCGUCAUCCCAAACAUGUAUGGGAUAGCGCCGAUGAACAUCACCGGCGACUUCUUCACCUACACCGGCUUUCGUGUCACGAACGAGACCAUGCCAUGGCCUCGGCGGAGCCUCAUUGCGAUUAAGGCCAACAUGGAAGCGUUUCCGGCGCUCAACGGGCAGAGUGUGUCCUACACCAAGCUCGUGUUCCCCUCCGAAUGCGUCAACCCACCGCACACCCAUCCGCGCGCCGCCGAGCUGCUAGUUGUCCUCAACGGUGCACUCUCCGUCGGGUUUGUCGACACCACUGGCAAGCUCUACACACAAGACCUCUCAGCCGGCGACAUGUUCGUGUUCCCCAAGGGCCUAGUACACUACCAGUACAACCUGGGGCAAAGUCCCGCCAUCGCGCUAUCGGCCUUCGGCAGCGCCGCCCCGGGCACUGUGAAUGUGCCUGCCUCCGUGUUCGGUACCGGCAUUGACAACGUCGUGCUCACCAAGUCGUUCAAGACUGACUUUUGGACGGUGCAGAAGCUCAAGGCAGCACUCACUCCACCGCCCAAGAAGUGA